CGUUGUACUGCGACGCCCAUCUCGUUGUAAUUGCUGUGGUGAAAGUUUUUAAUAGAAGUGGCAUGUGGGGUCAUACGCGUUGCUUAUGACCGUUCCUCUUUAGCGUUCGUGGUCAAAUAUAGUGCACGACUGUUUUUUAUCGUGGUUUAUUAGCACGCACCGUAAGAGCAACUUGUGAAGUUUCGUUGUUUCAAAUUAAAAUGGUGAACCAGUGCGGUGUCAAUCAGUGGUAGAUGUGUAAUACCCGACAUUCAUAUGUCGACUUCCACGAGCUUUCUCACCGAUCAAGAGACAACUUAGCUGCGUAGGUCCAAGAUGCACGCGUCAGGUAUCAACCUGUCUAGUCAAGGUACUUCAAGUGCCCUGGUCCAUGCAGCCCUGGCAUCUUGCAGUCCACAACAGCAGCAGCAACAGCAGCAGCAGCAGCAGCAGUUAGGUGCUCAGGCUGCAGCACUUUAUCAUGCAGCCAACCCUGCGAUGGCCAGCAUACCUCACUGGGCAGCCCCAAUGGCAGCACCGCCAUUUCCAGUUGCCCGUCCAAGCAUUCCCCCUCCCAUUCCCUACAGAGCUGUGCCUAGUGCAAGCUAUGAUUCAGGCAUGCUCCGUUCACAAGGGCAACUGCCAUUGCAGGCACAGCCACAGUGGAACACAUCCUGUGUCCCUGUUCUUCCAAUCUCUUCUUUGUCUAGUCAGUAUCGCAGCUAUCAGGCUGCUGCUCUACAACAGCUAACAUCUCAAGCUUACUCAAGCACGUCUAGUCAGGCUUGUGCAAGCUGGAAGCAAGAAAAUACCAGUGACAUGAAAAGUAGCAAUACGGAGAGACGCAGGAGCUCCUAUCGGAGCAGGGACAGGUCACGGGAAAGGCGAAGAAGUCGUAGCCGGGAGAGACAUCGCCGGAGUUCACCUGGUGGCAGGCGAGAUGUCCGAUGGCACUCACGAGAUGGUUCUUCAAGGCAGCGUAGUUCACACCGAAGCCUGUCACAUUCCCAUUCACCGUCUUCCAAAGACCACCAUCGUGACUCAUCUCGCCCAAGGUCAUCUAAUUACAGUGGGGCUUCAUCACUUUCCCACUCUUCACGAAGGCUAGAUCGACAUACAGACCGAAAACGUGACUACCAUGAAGAGAGACGGAAGAAAGAUGGAAUUGAAGAGAAGGAGAAGAGGCGAAGCAAAGGCAGGAGUGCUUCAACAAAAACUAGCAGACAAUCUCCAGAAGAAGGUGAUCAGUCAGAAGAUGAAAUGUCUGCUAGUCAGGAACCUGAGCCAGAUGACCCAGAGGAGGAAGAUUAUCUUUUGGAGUCUGCUCGCUGGAUUCGUAGCAGUCCUGCAGAACUCUACUACCAAAGAGAUGAAAAGGUUUCAGGACUUGUGACAGGAACAGCCAAGCUACAGAUCCUGCAGGAUAAGUUCAGGCAUGAGUUGGUGGAACGAGCAGCAUGGGUGAAAAGCAAGCAAGAGCCAUACAAUCCUCCUCCUCGAAAGAACAAGCUCUGCAACCCCAAGUCACAUCCCAUUGCUAACCCUGGUACAAGUGAUUCUUCAAGCAACGAAUCCGAAUCGGAUGAUGACAACGCCAUGGAGGAGCUAGAAGUAAAAAGAAAGCAUCCAUACCGAUUGCAUCAGGAACUGUGGUACAAUGACCCUGGAGAGAUGAAUGACGGUCCUUUGUGCCGAUGCAGUGCUAAGGCGCAGCGAUCAGGUAUUCGGCAUGGAAUUUAUCCUGGUGAGGAGCCACUCACUCCCUGUGACCCCAACACUAACAACAUUGGACGCCUGCACCAUUAUCGUAUUGUGGUCACUCCUCGUACAAAUUUCACUAUGAAGUGUCCGACCACCAUUAAGCACGAUGGACAUGAAUUUGCAUUUGAGGGCUUCUCUCUGCUUUCGCACUGGCCACUUCCGAAGCUGCCUACGUGCCGAGUGAUCAGAUUUAACAUUGAGUAUGCAGUACUCUACCUAGAAGAGCAGAUGCCUGAGAACUUUACUGUUGAAGGCCUUGAGCUCUUUACACGUUACCUGUUCUUCGAAGUACUUGAGAUGCUUGACCUCGAUUGGCAUGCACAUGGAGAUAAGGAUGGGUGCCCUCGAUUCCACUUCAUGCCUCGCUUUGCACGAAAAUUAGAAGACAAUGGAAAGGAGUUGCUGUCACUGAAUGUUGUGCUGAACUACCUUCUAACCAAGAAUGUGCCCCUGGUGUCAGCUGAGGAGCUUCCCCACCUCUAUGAGACGUCCCAAAGCAAGUGGCAGGCAUAUGCUGACCAGGUUAAGGGCAUGAUUGUUGUAAAUCCCGGAAUGAAGCCAUGUGCUCUUCGCGUGGAUCAGCUGGAUCGAGAGUUGUGCAAUGAAGAAGGCACUGUGUUUCCAGAGAUCGUGCACUUCGGCAUCCGACCACCACAGCUCAGUUAUGCUGGAAAUCCCAUGUACCAGAAGGCGUGGCGAGACUACGUAAAGUUUCGCCAUCUGCUUGCCAACAAGCCCAAAGUGCUUUACACUGACCGGCACAAGCUACUCCAGAAGGAAGUCAAGCUUCAAGAGAUGAGGCUCAAAAGCAACUUGAAGAGGGACGUUACAGUGGUAGUAAGCAGCAAGGGCUUCUAUCGGACAGGCAUCAUGUGUGAUGUAGUACAGCAUGCCCUGCUGCUUCCCGUGCUUGUGUGCCACCUUCGUUUCCACAAGUCUCUGGACUUUCUGGAAAGCAUCAUCGGGACUGAAUUUAAGGACCGUUAUCUUCUCCAGCUGGCGUUAACACACCCAUCUUACCGGGAGAACUUUGGCACUAACCCAGACCAUGCACGCAACUCACUGACCAACUGUGGCAUCAGGCAGCCUGAAUACGGGGAUCGGCGCAUACACUACCUCAACACACGAAAAAGAGGCAUCAAUACCUUGAUCAACAUCAUGUCACGCUUUGGCCGACAAGAGGAGACUGCAUCCAGCAUCAGCCAUAAUGAGCGGUUGGAGUUUCUUGGUGAUGCAGUGGUGGAGUUUCUCUCAAGCAUCCACCUUUUCUUUAUGUUCGCUGACCUCGAAGAAGGUGGAUUGGCCACCUAUCGAGCUGCCAUUGUCCAGAACCAGCACUUGGCCGUUCUUGCUAAGAAACUGGAGUUGGAGAAGUACAUGCUUUAUGCUCAUGGUUCAGACCUCUGCCACGAUUUGGAGCUGCGUCAUGCCAUGGCCAACUGCUUUGAGGCACUUAUGGGUGCCCUUUUUCUAGACAGUGGCAUCAAAGUGGCUGACAGGGUCUUUUCUACAACUCUUUUCUCGGAGCCUGAUCUUCUGGACGUCUGGGUCAACUACCCACCACACCCCUUGCAGGAACAAGUGCCUGAGGGUGAUAGAAAGUGGAUUGACUCCGUUCCGCUGCUGAAGAAACUGAAUGAGUUUGAACAGCUGACUGGCAUUGAGUUUACCCACAUACGACUGCUGGCCAAAGCCUUCACUCACCGCAGCAUUGGAUUCAACAACCUAACCUUGGGCUCAAACCAGAGGCUAGAAUUCCUGGGCGACACCGUUUUGCAGCUGGUUGCUUCUGAGUAUCUCUACAAGUACUUUCCAGAGCACCAUGAAGGCCAUUUAUCUCUUCUCCGAAGCUCUCUGGUGAACAACCGGACACAAGCAGUAGUGUGUGAUGAUUUGGGGAUGGUGGAAUACACUAUAUAUCCGUACCCAAAGGCUGAGCUCAAGACUAAAGAUCGUGCCGACAUUCUUGAAGCUUUCCUGGGAGCACUGUUUGUUGACCAGGGUUUGGAGUACUGCAAUGCAUUCUGUCAGGUGUGCUUCUUUCCACGACUGCAGGACUUCAUUCUCAACCAGGACUGGAAUGAUCCAAAGAGUAAGCUGCAACAGUGCUGCCUCACACUGCGAUCCAUGGAUGGUGGAGAGCCAGACAUACCCAUGUACAAAGUGAUUGAGUGUAAAGGACCAACCAAUACCAGGGUGUACACAGUGGCAGUGUACUUCAGGAGAAAAAGGCUUGCCACAGGAUCUGGUCACAGCAUCCAACAAGCAGAGAUGGCUGCUGCCUCAAAAGCUCUGGAAGCAUCCAAAGAACUCUUCCCCCAACUGAGCCAUCAGCGAAGAGUCCUCGAAAGAAGUCUCAAGCAACGAGUUCCAGGCAAGGAGGAUGAACACAAUACUCCAGCAACCAAGAAAUUGCGAGACGACUCUUCUGCAGAUCCACGAAGCAGGCACAAUUCUUCAUCAUCACGAUCACAUAGAAGUCUUGACAGAAGGAGGACAAGUGGCGAAAGGAAGAGGAGGUCAAGAUCAAAGAGCAGGGACACCCCUAAGGCAGAUGACAGAAAACCAAAGGAAGUGCUGUGAUUCAUCAGUUUCAGUGCAUGCUUAUCUUCAUCUGUCAGUAUAUAAACAGUGAAAUGCAGCUUUCUUACAGCAUUUCACUGCAGCAGUUUUGUUAUUUAGAGCAAAAGUGGGACCAUGUAGCCAAACAGUAUCAUUUGUGUGUUUUUCGUGUGAAGUGCUCAGAGUAUCUGAUGUGAUUUGCAUGGAAGCAAGAAGGCUUGGAGCAUCAAUCGAACAUGUGUUUGUAAUAGUGUUUA